ACUCUUGUCAGGGCAGCGGCACAUGGACUGCCUGAUGCGCUGAGCCCGGCGCUGCGGGGCCGCGGAGCGCGGGGAGCAGCGGCCGCGGCGGGGAGGGGGGUGGGGCGGGACCGCACAGCCUCGGGUGCUCGCGCGAGGGUCCGGGGCCCGCGCUUUGCCUUCUGCUCAUCUGCAGCCGUCUACGUGUUUUAUUCUUUCUUUCCUUUUUCUGCCCCCCUUUGCAAAUUUGAACAUUUUGCAAGACUGAGUGGUGUUGGAGGCAGGUGAGAAAGAGCAUCCUACACAGGGCCGGAGGAGUCCGCGGCGCUCGGUGCGCUUUCUUUCCCUGGACUGUCAGCACUGAGAACCCGAAAGUUUUCUUGUUUAUUUUUAUUUUAUUUUGAUAUUUGUACGCUGAUGUAUUUACAAAGACAGAAGUGAUUUUUUUUUUCCCUUCCUUGUCUGCACUGUUUUGAAAGCGAGUACUUUUGGUUGGCAAAGGACGGAGGAAAAAAAAGCUCAUCAACAUUUUGGGGCGGCGAUUGGCCUUCUUUUUAAAAGACAAUUUGCGUGCAUCACGAUGGAGAAAAUGUCCCGACAGCUCCCCCUGAACCCUACCUUUAUCCCGCCUCCCUACGGCGUGCUCAGGUCCCUGCUGGAGAACCCGCUGAAGCUCCCCCUUCAUCCUGAAGACGCAUUUAGCAAAGACAGAGACAAAGGUAAGAAGCUGGAUGAUGGUAGCAACAGCCCGACCGUCCCCCAGUCGGCCUUCUUGGGACCCACCUUAUGGGACAAAACCCUUCCCUAUGACGGAGAUACUUUCCAGUUGGAAUACAUGGACCUGGAGGAGUUUCUGUCAGAAAAUGGCAUCCCCCCUAGUCCAUCGCAGCACGACCACAGCCCUCACCCUCCUGGUUUGCAACCUGCUUCCUCCACUGCUCCUUCAGUCAUGGAUCUCAGCAGCCGGGCCACGGCACCCCUCCACCCUGGCAUCCCGUCUCCGAACUGUAUGCAGAACCCCAUCAGACCAGGCCAGCUGUUGCCAGCAAACCGAAACACACCGAGUCCCAUUGACCCCGACACCAUCCAGGUCCCAGUCGGGUAUGAACCAGACCCCGCAGACCUUGCCCUCUCCAGCAUCCCGGGGCAGGAAAUGUUUGACCCUCGCAAACGGAAGUUCUCCGAGGAAGAACUGAAGCCACAGCCCAUGAUUAAGAAAGCUCGCAAAGUCUUCAUUCCUGAUGAUUUGAAGCAGGAUGACAAGUACUGGGCGAGGCGCAGAAAGAACAAUAUGGCGGCCAAGCGCUCCCGUGAUGCCCGGCGGCUGAAGGAGAACCAGAUCGCAAUCCGGGCCUCAUUCCUGGAGAAGGAGAACUCGGCCCUCCGCCAGGAGGUGGCUGAUUUAAGGAAGGAGCUGGGCAAAUGCAAGAACAUACUUGCCAAGUACGAGGCCAGGCACGGGCCCCUGUAGGAUGGCAUUUUUUUUUUUUUUUUUUUUUUUUUUUUUGUGGGCUGGCUUUUGAAUAGAUGGACAGCUUGUUUCCUGUCUGGUAGCACCACACCCGAACCAACCUUUCUGACAUCAGCACUUUACCAGAGGCAUAAACGCAACUGACUUAUAUUUUGGUGUGCAUCUGUGUGUGUUUGUGUGUGUGCGUGCGUGUGUGUACGUAUGUGCUUAUGGUCCUAUGUGUGGUCAGCGGUGUGCCUGUGUGAGUGUGUGUAUGUGUGUAUUCCUUCACACUUGUCAUUUAAAGAUAGUCCUCUUGUUGUCUUUUAGUUCCAAACAAGAAAGGUGCCAUGUUUUUAUUAGACCCCGGAGACCCCCGUGGGGUUUCCUCCCUUCCCUUCUUCCCUCCCGCCCCUUUCUGCCUUGCUCUGCCUUCCAGUGAUUUUACUUUGCCAGGGUCUGCGUGGCCUCAGGAAGCAGGGCCCUGCAUCUCAGUUACCAAGACCAUAAGCUCUUGUUUCUGUUUCAACCAUGAAUUCCCAUGCUAAAAAGGUGCAUAGCAUCCCCUAGCACUACGCUGCUGCAGCCGAAUUCCUUCGCAGGUUGCCCCCCUGCCCCUUCCCUUUUUCCUUCCUACCUGUUCUCAUUCUCCUUUCGGUUUUGGUGAUAACUGUCUUCAGAUCUAAAGUGCUGGUUAGAUUUAGUAGAAUCCCAUAUUUACUUACUGCUACCUACUAAGUUUCCUUUUAAUUCUACCAACCCCAGAUAAGUAUGUACCAUUUUAGAACACAGAGUGUGUUUUUGCACCGUCUGUACCUAAAGCAAUAAUCCUAGUGUACGCUAGAGCAUGCUGCCUGAGUAUUACCUAGUGGACGUAGGAAAAUUUCCCUACCUAGGAAUUUCACUGUCUUUUAAAAAUCAAAACUUAAAGUAAUGCAUUCGCGCAUGACUAGAAUGUUCUCAGGACAGGGAAGCAGAGGGCAAGGGAAGGCCUAAGAAUGAGGGGUUAAUUUAUCAGUAUGUAAGCCAAAAAAAAAAAAAAAUGCAUCUUGGAGAAGCCUUUGUCAUGGGUGUGCUUCGUUUUGCUGUCUCCCUCUCCCACCCCAGCCCAUUCCCACUUUUGUAGUUCACUUUUUCCAUUUCCCUCUUGAUAUUCAAAACAAUUGACUUAGGAUUCAGUUCAUCUACUUUUUUUUUUGUAAUAUAUAUUUUUGGGGACGAUAUUUUGCCGUUUUUAGAAAUCAGUUGAUUAAGUUAAGAAGUUGAUGUUUUUGUAAGGCCCCUCCCCUUGACCCCCUUUGGUGUCCUUUUUGAAUGCCUCACAAAUGAAUGAUUCUGGAACCCAUGUUUCUUAUCCUCUGUUCGCUUUUGAACAUAUGUGCGCCUAUCACGUGGACUUCUGAAAAAAAAAUGAAUGUAAAAGACACUGGUGUAUCUCAGAAUGGGAUGGUGUUGUCACAAACUGUGGUUUAUCCAAUCAAUUUAAAUGUUUACUAUAGACCAAAAGGAGAGAUUAUUAAAUUGUUUAAUGUUUAUACAGAGUAAUUAUAGGAAGUUCUUUUUUGUACAGUAUUUUUCAGAUAUAAAUACUGACAAUGUAUUUUGGAAGACAUAUAUUAUAUAUAGAAAAGAGAAAAAAAGGAAAACUAUUCCAUGUUUUAAAAUUAUAUAGCAAAGAUAUAUAUUCACCAAAUGCUGUUCAGAGGAGUGCUUGGGGUUUUUUGAAGUCUUUAAUAUUUUAAACCUAUUACUGACACAUCAGCAUGUUUUCUGCUUAAAAUUAAAUUUUUAUGACAAUACUGAGGCUCGCUGUGACGAAUCCUGCUCCAGCACUUUCUUGUUUCUUAUUAGGUCUCAGAAGGAAGUCAGUUAACGUCACCCAAAAGCACAAAAUGGGUUUUAGUCAAAUAUUUAUUGGAUGAUACAGUGUUUUUUUAGGAAAAGCAUCUGCCACAUAAAUGUUCACUUCAGAAUUCUGAGUUGCUGGAACGGAGUGUCGUUGCCAGGGCCCUGGAUGAUUUUGUUCUCUUUCGGCCUGUGCAUCCCCUGCAGUGUAAGGUUGACCUCGGUGCUAUGUGUGUGGCUUAUAGUUUGAUGGCUGUUUUGACUUUAAAGAUGGCUGUCAUUUUGUUUCGCUGAGUUGUGUAAUGUCAAGAGAGUCUGCUGUUUCUUCAAAGGCACAUUUUGUGCUCGAUUAAAAAUCCCCUUUCAUCCAUGGACGUUUUCCAGUCUCCUGCCUCCACAGUCUCUGAAUUCUCUGCGGAUCCAGUGAUACCCUUUCUCAUUCCAUCGGCCACUCUUCUGUCUAGUGUCACAGUUCUGAAAGAGAGAGAGAGAGAGAGAGAGAGAGAGAGAGAGAGAGAGAGAGAGCUGUAGGAUUUCUUCCCGGGUACCUGUUUUGUCCCAAGCCAUAGAUAACCGUGGGAGAUGAGAGAGUGUGAGAAUUAAAAUAGGUUUUCCAAGUAAAACUACUAGUAAAAAAAAUGCUUCAACAAUUCAACCUAGACCUGAACAAGAGAUAAUUCAGUAAUAGCCAUGGAACAACAAGGAGCUAAUCUUUUUGAAGAUAGAUAAAGAGGGUGAUUGCAGGACUGUCCAAUGAUAGUACCCACCAGAGCAGGGGUGAGUACACUUACACUUAAGCAGAGAAGUGCUCAAGUGUCCCGCUGUGGACCACCCAAACUCACGGGACCAUCCAGUAAGUCGCUGAAGAAAAGCAUGCCGGCCUUCCUUGGAAUCAUUUUUGCCAAAUGAACAUCACAAACGUUUUCUGCAGAAGACAUAAAAAGAUCCUAAUUUUAAAAAAUGAAUUCUUUUGUAUACCAGGAAAGGUUUUUGAAAACCUACCUCAUUAAAAGCAAAACGAAACAAAACAGACUCAACACUUUGGAAUCUCCACAGGUGCCUUAUCUGUAGGUAAUUAUCACACCCCUACCCCAGCCCUGACCCCCAGGCUGACUUCUCCUUGCCAUGGACAUUAAGUAGAUGAGGAAAUGCUGUCCAAUGUCCUGAGAAGCUAGGACCCAGGGUCAGAUGACUGCAGCAGACCACAGUCAUUAGGAAGUCCCUCCCGCUGUCAACUGUUCCCAUUUCAGUGUAGGAAUCUUUCCAUGGUUAAUUAUUUGGUCAUUCCAAAACUGCAUCUGAGCUGUUGCAUGCCCUGUCGCUCGGCUAUAAUUUGGAACGAGCUGCAUAGCACUUCCUGAUCAGGUCACCCCAUAUCAUUAUUCAAGUGUAUUUUCAAAGAAAGUUUAAAAAAAAGGGGGGGGGGUCAGGGCUUCUCGGCUGAUGCUACCCCGAGGGGAUGAGAGGGCUGUGUAUGAUUAUCUCCAACUCCAGAGGGACUGGUGCUUUGGGUCACAAACCACAUCAGGCAUGGCUUUUGUCUCUAAGUAGAGACAGCCUUUAAGGAACCAUCCUUUGAAGCAGAAGGACCCUGUGUGUGAGAAGGGCAUGGUGGGACUCAGUCACUGGGUGAAUGGGAAGCCAGAUAAAAGAACCUAGAGAUUCCUUCUAACCCAUUAGCUUACUGUGGGAAUUUACAUUAAAUCUAAACACACCUUUGAAAGGCUACAGCCUUGUGUCUGGAUGAGCUGGCGUGAGCUGUGAGUGGCAACUUCUCUCCUGCCCAAGUUAUGCCUUGAGCUUUCUAAAAGCCCAUUUUUUUUAAUGUUCCUUUAGAAAAACUCAAACUUCAUCAGAGUUCAAAAGUGAGAUCCUCAGGCAGUAACCAACUGCUCUGUGUGUGGCAUGUCUUCAAGGUCAGAAUUUAAUGUUGGGAUUGGUUUCCUGAAGUUGACUGAGCUGAGGUGUUUGGCCCUCCCUGAGGUAGAUAACUUCUUCUCUGGCUCUGACUGUACUUGGUUCCUACUGGGGGCUCCUGAGUACAUCCCUCUAGUGAAGCCAAAUUCAACUCCAGGUAUUUGGUCAAAUCAAUGUCAAUAAUAAAGGAGCAAAACUUGUUGGUCUUGCCAAAUGUGUGCAGGGGAAUGUGUGUUUGUGUGUGGAUGUUUCAGUGGAGACAUAAAAAUCUGUAAUUUUUUUUAGCACCUCACCAGACAUAACAAUUAGCUAUUAUCCUUUCGACAACACCACGAAGAUUGCAUCUGUUAAACAGGUUCAAGUUAACAGGAGGUUAGUGUAAUUGUACACCAUGAUAUUGGUGGUAUUUAUGCUGUCAAGUCCAAAACUUUAUUUGUUCUUCUAAAUGUUUAAUAAACUGAUUUUUUUUCCUUU